GAAGAUGAAGGAGAAGCUGCAGAUAUGGAAGAAUAUGAAGAAAGUGGAUUGUUGGAAACAGAUGAGGCUACCCUAGACACAAGGAAAAUAGUAGAAGCUUGUAAAACUAAAACUGAUGCUGGAGGUGAAGAUGCUAUUUUGCAAACAAGAACUUAUGACCUUUAUAUCACUUAUGAUAAAUAUUACCAGACACCACGAUUUUGGUUGUUCGGCUAUGAUGAGCAAAGGCAGCCUUUAACAGUUGAACACAUGUAUGAAGACAUCAGUCAAGAUCAUGUGAAGAAAACAGUGACCAUUGAAAAUCACCCUCAUCUCCCACCACCUCCUAUGUGUUCAGUUCACCCAUGCAGGCAUGCUGAGGUGAUGAAGAAAAUCAUUGAGACUGUUGCAGAAGGAGGAGGAGAACUUGGUGUUCAUAUGUAUCUUCUAAUUUUCUUGAAGUUUGUACAAGCUGUCAUUCCAACAAUAGAAUAUGACUACACAAGACACUUCACAAUGUGACGGAGAGAGCAUAGAAUCUAUCCUAAUUAUUGUUUCUGAUUUUUAAACAAUUAACCCAUAGAUGUGACCAUUGACCAUAUUCACCAAUAUGUACAAUUUCUCUAAUAAAGGGACUUAUAUGUUUAUGCAUUAAAUAAAAAAAGUUCCACUACCAGA